GACGCAUGCGCCGAUGCUAUACCGAAAUAACCCGUAUAACAUGCGAAACAGCAUCGUUUUAGAUUACAUCUAAUGGCUGGAUUAUUUUAGUUGGAAUGAGGACAUCGCCAACAACAGUCUGACCGAGGGGGUUACAUGUAUUUUUAAAACUCCGGAGUGAAGCGCGCUCGGGCACCGUGGCAGUUGGGGCGGGGCUAUGCAAAUGAGCCGCGUCACCCUGGUGGAUGCUCCGGGAGCGGGACACUUGCUGCGGACAGACGGAGCUCGAGUCGAGGAUCCGGGGACAGUGGCGAACAACAGCAACACUUUCGCUCCACUUCUGCCGCUCAACGAUGGCUUCCAAGUGCCCCAAGUGUGACAGGACGGUGUAUUUCGCUGAGAAAGUGUCGUCACUGGGGAAGGACUGGCACAAGCUUUGUCUCAAGUGCGACCGCUGCAACAAGCUUCUCAACGCUGGAGGCCACGCUGAGCAUGAUGGGAGACCCUACUGCCACAAGCCGUGCUAUGCUGCCCUCUACGGGCCAAAAGGUGUGAACAUCGGCGGUGCUGGUUCUUAUGUGUACGAUGCCCCGGCCAACAACAACCCGUCCACCACCAUCGACUCUGCCACCAAAGCAGAGGAGAAGAAGACGUUUGUUCCAAAGGCGCCAUCGAAAGCUGGCAGUAUCACCACCUUCUCUGGAGAAGCCAACCUGUGCCCCCGCUGUAACAAGAAGGUGUACUUCGCUGAGAAGGUGACGUCGCUGGGCAAAGACUGGCACCGCCCCUGCCUGCGCUGCGAGCGCUGCAGCAAGACCCUGGCGGCCGGCAGUCACGCCGAGCAUGACGGACAGCCCUACUGCCACAAACCCUGCUAUGCCGUUCUGUUCGGGCCCAAAGGCGUGAACACUGGUGGUGUGGGCAGCUACAUCUAUGACAAGGAGCCCAGUGCCGUGAGCCAGCCCUGAACCCCGUGACCCCUCCCCCUCCAUCCUCCUCCUGCGUUCACACUGAAACUCUCCUCCAUCUCCGCUCCAGUCCUCGCAUCCUGACCCGCCACCAGCUCAUCCGACUCGUACGACGCGACUCGACGGCGCCAUCUCUCUCUCCCAUCAGUCUCUAAUCGCACAAUAAUCUCAUUCUCGACUCCAUCUGUGAUUGACCUCACGCCUCACCUGUAACACCCGACCCUCGGAGGACGCUCAGGUGUGGAGGUGGGCUUCUUCGCUGCACACAAAGGGGGCGCUCAGGAGCACAAUAAAGCUUUGUUCAUAUUGGCUGCGGUCCAGCAUGUAAAUGUUUUUGCUGAGAUGUAAAGAUUGUUUUUCUAAAGAGACUGAAGAAAGUAUUUUGUUACAAUCGGAACCGUCAAGUAUCGAAACUGCGACACAGAGCACGUGGGCCGCCACUAGCUGCAGAGCUAACCCCGCUGUUCCCCCAAAACACUCUCACAUAAAUGUGGUAUUUUGCUGUUAGCGCUAGCUUAGCAUGUAGCCUCUGCCGACAAGUCAUUCAGCAGGAAUGUGCAUCUGAUGUUGUUCUGGUUUGUGCUCCAUCUUUAGCUCGUUAGACGCAGCAGGGGGCGCUGUAGAGCUCAACCUCGCUCUUUUUAGUCCCUGUACCAGUAAAUAUUUUAGACUCGUGCCACUUCAGUAUUGGACCAGUUCUGAACUUGUGUUCCCUUUAAUAAAUGCAAUAAAUUGUGACAA